AUGGCGGAGACACAAAUGUGUGCAGUCAGUGGACCAGUGGCUUGGGGACUUCACCUCGAGCAGUACACUUCACUGUUUCAGGAGGCGGGUCUUGAGAGCGUGUGGGAAUGCCGGGAGCUGACAGGUUUACGACUGGAGCGCAUGGGCGUGGCUUUGCCGGGCCACCAGAAACGCAUCCUGGGGAGCCUGCAGAAGCUCUUCCCUUCAGAACGAGAGAUUACUGGAGAAGAAGAGGAAGAGGGGUUUAGGCCUAUUCCAAGAGAAAGGACGAAAUUCCGUGUUUAUGCAGGGACUGACUCAGAGGUGACAAGCUCCCAAACUGUCAAAGCAAAAGAUCAGAGACAAAACCUUCCUACUAAUCAUUCUGUAACUCCUAAGAAAGGUCUGCCUCCGAUCCCACCUCGUGCCACUCACAACUGUCCUCCAAUACCAUUCUCCUCUGUUUCUGUUACCAUGGCGAUGACCCUGGGGAAUGUAUCCCUGACUACCAGCGAUCUCACGUCUGUAUCUCAAAUCAAAGCAACUCAGCCGAGACGCGUGCACGCUCCAGUUCCUGUGCCUAUUCAGCCACACCCACGCAGUCUACCUCUUGCUCCGAGCCAGAAAUCUAGAGAUCAGAAACCAUCACCUGUCACACCAUCACCUGUCUCACCAUCAAGUGUCUCCUCCUCCUCCACAUCUUCAUCACUAACAGAUCAGUUCCACCUGUAUGAGCAAUGUUGUUCUCCAGGUCAUGCUGAACUGGGUGUUCCACCCCUCCCUCCAAAGUCGUACGCUGUUGUGACCCCUAAAGAGAUGAAAGUCACCCCACCCACCAGGGCCUCCCGCAGACCCCCGAUACCCCCCCGUACCACCGCACCAACCACCAAUAAAACUACUGUGUUGCCUAGGAGCCCCACAGCUCUCAGCUCGUCUCCUGCAGAUGAUAUCUGUGGUCUAGACGUCACGACCCAAAUAAAAACUUCUGUAAAAACCUCUAAGCUACCAGCCGUCCUAGGACCCUGUCAGAGACGGUUCGAUUCUUCAGGCAGUUCAGACAGCUAUGAGGAGCUCAACACAGCGGUGUGUACAGAAAGUGAUCCUGUAGAAAUGGAAGAGAAGAGUUUUUCUUGUUUACGCCACUCAUGGAUCGAGGAUUACAGCAGAAUCUCCAGCAGCCUGAACAGCAUCUACCUGCCCAACACAGGACGAGUGUUAGCUCCGCCCCCAAAAGAUGACUCCACCCCUCAACUCAGUCCCGUCAUCAAAAUGGGCUGGCUGGAUAAGAACCCUCCACAGGGAUCUCUGAUCUAUCAGCGGCGGUGGGUGAAACUGGAUGCAGAUUAUCUGAGAUACUUCGACAAUGACAAGGACGUUUAUUCGAAGAGGAUCAUUCCAACCUCCUCCAUCACCGCAGUGUCCAGUGUAGGAGAUCAGAAGUUUGAGGUAGUCACUCACAAUCGCACCUUCCUGUUCCGAGCCGAGAGCGACAUGGAGAGGAAUGCCUGGGUGUCAGUGCUGCAUGACAUCAUUGGUUCAUCUCGCCUGAAGCCAAGCUCUGAGUUGACCUUUAACCCCUGUGUGACCUCAGAGAUGAGAGGUUACCUGGAGCUCCGAGGUCUGCGCUCCAAACUCUACACAGUGGUGUGUGGAGACAAAGUGUUCCUCUACAAGAAUGCUGAGGACUAUAAGCUGGGUAUUGGGAUCACUGCAAUAGAUAUGAAUGUGGGGAAUGUAAAGGACACAGACAGGAGAGCUUUCGACCUGACCACACCUUACCGCAUAUUCAGUUUUGUGGCUGAAACUGAUCAUCAGAAGGACCAGUGGGUGGAGGCAAUGAGGAACUCCAUUGCAGAAGCUCUGUCUAACUAUGAGGUUGCUGAGAAGAUAUGGGCAGAGUCAGCGAAUCAGAAAUGUGCUGACUGUAGCGCCAUCAAGCCCGAGUGGGCAGCCAUUAAUCUGGGCGUAGUCUUCUGUAAGCGCUGUGCAGGAGAACAUCGCAGUCUCGGACCGAGCGUAUCCAAAGUACGGAGUCUCAAAAUGGACAGAAAGGUGUGGACGGAUGAGUUAUUACAGCUUUUCAUGGAGCUUGGUAACGAUCGAGCCAAUCAGUUUUGGGCCGCGAACAUCCCUCCCAGCGAGGCUCUGACUCCCCUCAGCAGCAAUGACGAGCGCCGGCGAUUCAUCAUUGCUAAAUACCGCGAGGGCAAAUACCGCCGAUACCACCCCCUGUUCGGCAACCAGAAAGAACUCAACAACGCGUUGUGUAUUAAUGUACAGUCGAGUGAUGUGUGUGAGACUUUGGCCCUGGUGUUUUGUGGUGCCGAUGUGAAUUGUGAUACAGGUUUCCCAGAAUUCCCUUCUCCUAUUGCCUUGGCGUUACACCACGGCCAGAAGGUGCAGGUGGAGUUCCUCACGCAGAACCGCAGCAUAGAGAUUCCAAGGUCAGAGGUCAAACUGGCCAUGCACACAGAGCACUACAUGGCCCCGCCUUCCAUCACACACAACGGCUUCCUUUUUAAGACCGCCUCUAUGGCUCGUCCAAUCACAGAGCGAAAGAAUAAAGAAGAGUUCAGUAGGAGAUGGUGUGUGCUGAAUGAUGGAAAUUUUAAUUAUUAUGAAAGUGAUAAAAAUGCAACACCAAAUGGAGGACUGAAGAUGAAAGAGAUUGUCUGUCUGGCUGUCAAUCCUCCUGAGACACAUGGGUAUGAUCACUCGUUUGAGAUUUACUCCGAUUCCGAGCGUCUCUACCUGUUUGGGACGGAUAAUCCUGACUGCAUGAAGGAAUGGGUCAAGUCUAUCGCCAAGUCGUUCAUUCCUGCGUGUGCUGAGGAUCUUCUGCAGAAGGAUUUCAAGCGGAUUGGGCGUCUACGCUAUAAAGACCCUCUGAACUUGGAGAGCUGGAGGCCGGGGUGGUUCUGCCUGGAGGGGUCCACACUGCACGUGUGUUUGGAGGACAGUCAGAGCCGUGAGAGCAUCCAACUGCAGAAACUUCUGGAACUUUCAAGGGAUAAUGAAGUUCUGGUGCUGGUGGAGCGAGGCAGGACUCUGUACAUUGAGGGAGAGAGGAAGUUGGAUUUUCACGGCUGGGUGUCAGCCAUCCAAAGGGCUGCUGGGAGUUCAGGAGACACACUGAGUCAGCAGCAGCUCACUGAGGCUGAUAUUCCGCUCAUCGUGGAGCGCUGUAUACAUUACGUCACGCAGUAUGGCCUCACAUCAGAAGGUAUUUACCGUAAGAGUGGUGUGAACAGUAGGAUCUCCUCGCUCCUGGAUGCCUUCAGGAAUGACGCUCGCUCUGUGUGGCUUAAAGAAGGAGAGCAUCAAGUGGACGACGUGUCCAACGUCCUCAAGAGGUUCUUCAGGGAUAUUGAGGAGGGACUGUUUAGUCUACAGUCACCUAACUGGCUUAGCACUACAGCUCUCUCAAACGAAAGCAUGAGGAUCUCUCAGUAUCAGCUUCUUUUUGAAAAUAUGCCCAGAGUAAACAAAGCCACACUACGCACCCUGGUCAAUCACCUAUACUGUGUGCAGAAAUUUUCAGAUAUGAAUCAAAUGAACCUCCACAACCUGGCGAUAGUUUUUGGGCCGACGCUUUUUCAGACAGAUGGUCAGGACUACAACGCAGGUCGUGUGGUGGAGGACCUCAUCCAGCACUACAUUACCAUCUUCAGUGUUAAUGAACAUCAGUUAAACAGGCAACUUGAUGAGAUCACCUACAUUAUUAAAUUACGCGAUAACCUCAAUCCCAAAACAGGACCGGCAAGUGGAGAUUUUAUUUGCACAGUAUAUCUGGAGGAGAAGAAGGAGACAACGGAGCAGCAUGUGAAGAUCCCAGCGGCCAUGACUGCAGCGGAGCUGACCUUUGAGAUCCUUGACCGCAGGAAGAUCAGCAUCAAAGAGAAGGACUACUGGUGCUGCUUUGAGAUUAAUGAGAAAGAAGAGACUGGGCGUCCUCUACACUAUCAGGACAGAGUUUUGCCGAUUCUGCACAGUUUAGGGACAGAGUCUCACCUCAUCAUCAAAAAGCACCUCGCAAUGGAGGCCAUGCUCAUCUACCUGGCCAGUAAAGUGGAUGUGACUAAACAUGGCAUGCUGAAGUUUCGAGAGGAGCGCAGUCUGCUGGGUCUCAGUACGGGAAGUUUCCAUGACCGCUACUUCAUGCUCAACCAGACCUCACUACGACUCUACAAAGAUGUCCGGAGUAACCGGGCGGAGAGAGAGUGGCUUGUGAAGUGUCUGAAAGUCUAUCAGGGAAUCAGGAAGAAGCUCCGCCCUCCAACAUGCUGGGGACUUACUGUGGUCUAUGAAAGUGAGAAGACUGAGAAGCAGGACAGACAGCAGUGGUAUCUGUGCUGUGACACUCAGACAGAGAUGAGGGAGUGGUUCGCCACAUUUCUCAGUAUACAGCAUGCCGGUCUCCUGUGGCCAGCAGAGUGGUUGAAGUCACGUCCUGUCCCUCGUUCCUCUCCUCCGCUGGACAAUCGUUUGGGUAGUGUGUCAUUAAUUCCUCUGCGUGGUACUGAGAGUGAGAUGAGGAACAGCGUGGCUGCUUUCUCCGCCGAGUCCCUCGCCCUGUUGAGAAAUCUCUAAGCAUGAAGUGACAAUGUAUAAGAAGAUGAAAAAAAUUCCAGAAGAUAUGAAGCAGUUGGAUUUGGUCUGGAUGUGCUACAUGGAUAUGGUUACGGAUGUUUAUUCCUCAUAUGAUCUCAUAUGUUCUCCCAGCUGUUUUUAGACUGUGCAGAAUUGUUCUGGGUUUGAAGUCUAAAAUCACAAGAGGAAAUGUUCUUCUGGAUUCUGUAUGUGUUUGUCAGACCAACGUGAAGUUCUAAGUAGGUUAUCUGGAUUAGUAAAGUGUGGACUGUGGAACUCCAUCAUAGUGUGUGUGUGUGUGUGUGUGUGUGUGUGUGUGUGUGUGUGUGUGUGUGUGUGUGUGUGUGUGUGUUGUGAUUAGGGUGUGUGUAUCUGUGGGUUUGGAGGAUUUCAGUUUGAAUAGCAUUUGUGUGUGCAGUUUGGAGAACAUUGAUCUACUGAAGUCACAUUCAAACACAAUAAAACACUUCAGCACUUCAUGUUGAGAUUUUUAGAAUAUUAACAACUUAUUUACACACACACACACACACACACACACACACACUUACAUCUCCUGUAGCUCUGUAUCUCCACAUUAACUUUCUGAUUAUUAAAUUAUUUAUUUUAACUGUUUUCGUUCGCAAUCGUUUCCUGAAAUCCCAUGUUAAGAAGUUGUGUGUUUGUAGGUAAACAUCUGAUUUUUGUUUUUCACAUUCGUCUCCUUUCCUCUCGCUGUACAGGUGUGUGUACUGUACUGUACUGUUACAGGCUACAGUGUAAUGACUUAUAAUGUACAUUCAUUCCAUUUAAAUCAUUAUUCAGUCUUACUAUGGUUGGAAUGGAAUAAAAUCUCUACCUACACUGUG